UCACGCACAGGUCACAUGGCUCUGUCAUGCUGCCGCGUCCACCGAGUCGCACCGUCUUUGAAACUGUUCUUGCCCAUGCAACAUGUGCCCAUGGCUCGGCCAGGACGUUCAUUCUCAGACACACUCGCUGGGAUCAUAUCCAAGAAUACCUGCCGUAUCCUCGAACUUUUCAUGGGGGUUUGUGCCAAGAGUGUUAUUCCAGCUCAUGAUAGACACUCCGUCCCGCUGCGUCAAUCGUCCCACACCUCCCGGCAAAUAUAUGCCAGAGCACGAUCUGAUGCCUCAUCGAUUGAGCUUCUAUCUCAGCCGUUUCGAUAAUUCUUUCAGACACGGGUAUGGCGCAAUUUGACGCAGGGAUGGUGGAUUGGAAAAGCUUCUGACCGCUCUUCCACCUUCACGUCCAUUCUCAUGUCGCCCUCACCAUCCCUCGCCAAAGACGGAUCCGUCGUGGCUAAGCCAGAAGGCACAGCACUAUCGGACACCGAGAACACGGACGAGUCCGCUCCGCACUACGCCAAGGACCUCGAAUACACGCGGGAGGAGGAGUCCGCUGUCGUGCGUGUCCUCGACACGCGCCUAUUCCCCGUGAUCCUGCUCACGACGUUCGUGCUCAACAUGGACCGCACGAACAACUCGAACGCGAUCUCCGAUAACCUACCGCAGGAUCUGGGGUUCACGAUUAACACGGUCAAUACCGCUACAGCACUGUACUCUGUCGCGUUCUCACUCGCCUCUUUCUCGGGUGCGGUCAUGGCGAAGAUUAUGGGCCCUUCUCGAUGGAUCCCCAUUCUCAUGUUCGCCUGGGGUUUGGUCACUCUUGCGCACGCGUUGAUCAAAGACGCGGGCGGAUACAUCACAGUCCGCAUUUUCAUAGGAAUCACCGAAGGAGGCGUUAUUCCCGCGAUGCUCAUCUACCUGGGCAGCUUCUACAAGGGUGCUGAGUUGACGACACGCUUGGCCUGGUUCUGGGGAAUCCAGUCUAUCGCAAGCGCUGUUAGCGGGCUUAUGGCUAGCGGUCUGCUGCAGCUGGAUGGGCGAAACGGGCUCCAGGGUUGGAAGUGGCUGUUCAUAGUGGACGGGAUCAUCACACUGAUCGUUUCAGUCUUCAUCUGGUUCUAUCUUCCCCGGAACGUAGCUUCGACUAAGGGCGGACUGCGGGGCUUGAAAGCCUGGCUGACAGCACGCCAGACACAGAUCGCGGUGACCCGUGUCAUCCGGGACGACAUUUCGAAGCGGGCAUACGAGAAACGUGUGACACGAGCCGAUUUCAAGGCUGCUGCGGCUGAUCUUGGCCUCUGGAUCCACUUGCUUAUCACUGCAGUUGCACUGACGCCCACUAGUCCUCUCCAGACAUACCUACCGACGGUGAUCAAGACCUUCCAUUUCAACGUCUUUGUUUCGAAUGCCCUCACUGCCCCACCCUACGUCUUGCAGUGCAUCUUCAGCAUCACCCUCAUCCGGCACUCGGAGACUGUCGGGGAGCGAGGAUGGCAUGGGGCUUUCGGAUCUGCAUGGCAGUUGGUGGGAUGGAUCAUUUUGCGUGCUAUGCCAGAUGGGGCGUCGCGGGGCGUCAAGUACUUCGCUGCUGUCAUUCUUGCAUCAUGGCCAUACAACCACCCGCUCAAUAUCGGCUGGAUGUCGGAGAACACGGCGAGCAUUGGCAAACGUACUGUUGCGUCCGGGGCGGUGAUCUUUGCGGGCAACAUCUACGGAGUUUGGGCGUCGCAGAUCUAUCAGGCCAAGGACGCACCGUCGUUCAAGACAGGUAACUCCAUCAACAUCGCCUUCGCGGCGUUUGCUACUUUCCUCUGGAUCGCGCAGAAGUACUACUACCGGUACCUCAAUCGCAGACACGAAGAGGACUACGCAGCAUUGAGUCCCGAGCAGAGAGAAGAGGAGGACAGGCUGGCUCUUGCAAAGGGCAAUACGAGUCUGACGUACAGGUACACGACAUAAGGUUUGUAGCACAUCGCAGAAAGAGUGUACGAUUGCGAAGGCGGAGGACAUGCACGUGAUCUUCAGCGUUCCAGGCUACUCUGAAGCCCCGGAGGGUUCCAGUCUUGCCAUUUUGGUGACAUCCUUUCCUGCAUUAACUUUCACUCCCUCUCUGCAGCCGAAAUUCAUCGAGAGAGUGAUUGUAAUACCUCUUUCCAUUUCUUUGUGGGAGCGGAGAGUUGGCACGUGACCACACUUUCAAAGACGUAGGCACCUCACCGCUGAGUCUUAUCAGCUUGCAGUCGAUGCCAUUCUCGACGGGUUUGGGGGCAUCCACUUCUGUGUUUCUU